GCUACUCCUCUUGUCCUUCAAGGGCUGAUGAGGGCUCGACCCGAGUGGAAAGCUGGGGGAAGCCUUUAGGAAGGAGUGCUGUAAUAGCAGCAAUGAGUCGCCCUUUGAGCAAGAACACAGAAAGGGAGCAAAAGCAGAUCAAUGGACACCAGAACAAUCUGUCUAACCAUAAACAUCUCAGCAAAUCAUUAGAGCAGGAAAUGAAAGCAUUUUUAAUUGAUGAGAAAGAACUUCACUUGUAUGAUGAUUUAACUAAAGUCAACCCUGUAACCACUGCAACAGUGCUGAAAUGUCUUCAGGCAAGAUAUUCUGCAGGUGUGUUCUACACAAAUGCUGGGUGCACUGUAGUUGCUGUUAAUCCCUUCCAGCCAGUUUAUAAACUGUAUAGUUCAGAGGUCAUGAAGGAUUAUCACUCAACUUCCAACCCACAGGGGUGCAAGCCACAUAUCUUCACUGUGGCAGAACAAGCAUACAGAAAUGUGCAGAGCCAAAUACAACCAGUGAACCAGUCUAUUAUUGUUAGUGGAGAAAGUGGUGCUGGAAAGACUUGGACAUCUCGGUGCCUUAUGAAGUUCUAUGCCACAGUUUCUGCUUCAAGAUGCUACAUUACCAAUGAAAUGGUGGAAAGAAUCGAGGGCAGGGUGCUUGACUCUAAUCCUGUUAUGGAAGCAUUUGGAAAUGCUUGCACUCUGAGAAACAAUAACAGUAGUCGCUUUGGGAAGUAUAUCCAGCUUCAAUUAAACAGGGCCCAGCAAAUUACUGGUGCCUCAAUCCAGACAUAUCUCUUAGAGAAGACUCGGGUUGCUCAUCAAGCACCUUUAGAACGGAACUUCCACAUAUUCUAUCAGAUGUUUAAAGGUGCCAGUAGACUUGAAAGAGAAGAGUGGAAUUUACCAGAAAAAGCAAACUUUUCUUGGCUUCCAAAUUAUGAAAAUAAUCUGGAGGAAGAUGACUUUGAAGUGACCAAAAAAGCUAUGUUACACCUAGGAAUUGAUCAGCCAACCCAGAAUAAUAUCUUUAAGAUUUUGUCUGGUCUUCUGCAUCUAGGGAAUAUAAAAUUCUCUGACUCUGUGGAUGAGAGCCAACCCUGUGAACCAUUAAACUACACACAAGAAUUUGCCAGCAUUGCUGCUAACUUACUGAAGAUUCCUGUUAGCCACUUGCUGGAGAGGCUGAGCAUUCGCACAAUAACUGCUGGGAAACAGCAAGUAUUUAAGAAGCCAUGCAGAAAGUCUGAGUGUGACACAAGGAGGGACUGCUUGGCGAAAACUAUUUAUGCCAGGUUGUUUGAGUGGUUGGUAACAGUCAUAAAUGAAAAUAUUUGUGCAGAGUCCUGCCGGUGGAACAAUUUCAUUGGUUUAUUGGAUGUUUAUGGAUUUGAAUCCUUUCCAGAGAAUAACCUGGAACAGUUGUGUAUCAAUUAUGCCAACGAGAAACUUCAGCAGCAUUUUGUCUCUCAUUACUUAAAGUCUCAGCAGGAUGAGUAUGCAGCAGAAGGACUGGAAUGGUCAUUCAUCAGCUACCAGGACAAUCAGAGCUGUGUCGAUCUUUUAGAAGGAAGUCCCAUUAGCAUUUUCUCCUUGUUAAAUGAGGAAUGUCGUCUGAACAGGUCUUUAGAUGCUGGACAGCUACAGUCUCGAUUAGAAAAUGCUCUUUCUAACAACAAAUGUAUUGGAAGGGACAAAUUUAGCAAAAAGCCUAAUUUUAUUGUAUCUCAUUAUGCUGGUAAAGUGCAAUAUCAGAUUGAAGACAUGGCAGAAAAAAACAAGGAUCCUGUUCCCCCUGAGCUCAUCCAACUUCUGCAGGAGUCUGAUGAUCAUCUACGUCAAAAAUUUCCUGUAGAUAACAAUAAACUUGUCUAUGGGGCCACUAACAACAGGGCAGUAGGCGUUACUGUAGUUUCCAAAUUUAAGGGAUCCCUUGAAAGCCUAAUGCAGAUUUUGCACAGCACCACGCCACACUAUAUCCGAUGCAUCAAGCCGAAUGUUGAUUGCCAGGCACUGGUAUUCAGACAGGAGGAGGUACUCAUGCAGCUGGAAGCAUGUGGAAUUGUUGAGACUAUAAAUAUAAGUGCAGCUGGCUUCCCUAUCAGGAUUUCCUUUGAAAAUUUUGUAGAACGCUAUUCAGUAAUUGCACCAAGGCAAUCACACAUGAAGACCUGUUUUCCUUUAAAGAAGAAGCAAGGAUCCAUAGAGAAGACAGAUCAAUUAUCAUCAAAGUUGCACACUAUUCUUCAAGCUGUGUUGCCUAAACAAUGUAAGGACUCGACCUUGAGCAACAGUCUUGUGCAUUGUGGCACUACCAAAGUGUUUCUUACUCAUUUAAUGGUAGAAUUGCUUGAAGAGAGAAGAUUGAUUGCAAUCUCCAGCAAAGCAAUGUGUAUUCAGUGCUGCUGGAGGAGCUACAGGCAGCGAAAGUUGGCCAAGCAGAGUAAAGCUGCCACAACCAUACAAGCAGCUGUCAAAGGGUGGCUUACAAAGAAGUACAUUAAGAGAAUGCACAGUGCUGCAACGGUUAUAAAGAGAAUAUGGAAGAAAUGGAAAGAAAAGAUGGAGGCAUUAGCUGCUGCAGAGUUAGAUGACUCAACAGAAGAUGUGGAAAGCACACUUUUCUCAUCUAUGCUUGCAUCACCAGUUAAAAGUUUGGAAUCGUCCAAGACUAAUCUACCAGACAAGAUAAUGACUCAAAGUGCAAUAUUAAGAUUUGGGACCCUGGGUCUUGUCCUAUACGGAGCACCAGCCAUCAGGAAAUAUAUUGUGGAGACUGAUGAGCUCAAAAGAAACCAAAAUAUCUUGAUGUGCUUAAAUAUGCUGCAUCGAAACAAUAGGUACAAAGUGACUGUUAAUCGUGAGGAACCCGGCAUCACCUCAAUAAGGGCACGCCCUCAGGGAUCAAUAAGGUUCCAUUACAAGAGAUCUCCAUUGCAUUUUGCCAACAUAUGUCCAGGGAAGAUAAACUGUGGAAUAACUGGUUUCAAUGAGAUUUUAUUGGAAAAAACAGUAUAAGAGACUGUAAUUUAAGUCCUCCUUAUGUAAUAUAUUAAAUGCACUUUCUGCCUUUUGAAAUUUGUACUUUUUACUAUAACCAGACUUUACAGUAUUCUUUGUUGAUUAAUGGUAAUAUACAGAGAGUAUGAACAUUCUCAGGGGCCAAAUUAAAACACUAACUUUAUCAUGCCUUAAAAUACUUGGACAGGUUGGCUGUUAACACCGUGGUUUAAAUAUGCCAAGAGAAUUUGGUACAGUGAUUGUUCGUUAUGCUAUUUGAUAUGAUUUUGAUCAAAUUCUGUACACAUGGUGAGGUAUAUUCCUGCAUUCGAUGGUUUAUUAAUAAAAUAAGUACAAAUUACAUUCCUGUAGGGAUUUCCCUUUAAACAAACUCUAAUCCUGAACACUGCCAGUAUUAGUGCUGUAUAUGUUGUUCUGUUUAUUCAAUAAAAUACUUAUAUAUGUCCAUAUUUUAAUAAAUUAAUCUUUAUAGUA